CUCCAGUUUUUGGUGGCUCUGUUUGUGCUUCCACUCUUGCUUGCAACAUGAGCAACAUAGGGCAACAGGGGCUUGUUAGAAUUUGUGAGAGAUACACAUGUUGUCCAAGAAUUUUAACCCUGGCGUGGAUUCGAACUUGUUGCGAGAAUGGGUUUAAGUCUGCCAUCUCUGAUUGCCCUGUUUUUGUUGGCGUGUAUGAUGUUGUCAUGGUGAUGCAGGUGGAAGUGACUCUGUGUUGGCUGUGUUCAGGUGUCUCCGUUGUCCAGCAACAUGAGCGAGUCGGUCUGCUCGCUGAAGUUCGCUCAGCGAGUUCGCAGCGUUGAGCUGAACUCCUCGUCUUCGUCCACCAGGAGACAUGAGAACUCGUCCACCUCGUCCUCGCCUACGCAUGACAGUGUGGAGCUGGACUCUCCCCCAGUGACCCCGGUCCCUCUCCCCAUCUCUCGAGCGAGCAGCGUCGGCAGCACUCUGUCCUCCGCCUCCAGGACCCCCAGCAGCUCCCGCAGGAGGUCCCAGUCGCAGCUGUCCACAGACAGACAGGUAGACAGAGCCAUCCCUUUGGUGGGGGACAGUGGCCAGGACGACUGAAGUUGGUGGCCUGAGAGACCCAGAAAGUGCACCGUGGGACAUCUGGGUUUGACUGCAGGGUGUCGGCAAACACCCUGAGGGACUGUCCCUGCCACUUCCACCCCACCCUCUGUUCGGAGCAGGAUGAAGAAGCAAAGACUGAUGGGAAGCUCCACUGACUCUAAACUCUUUCAGCAGAGAACAUGGCCAAAUGUUUUGAUUUCCGUGUCUUCUCGCUGUAAUGAAGGACAUUUAAAGUCAAAAAGACUCGUGAUUUGAACUGAACUAGAAAAAUCAACACGUCUUUCCCAUCCUAAAACAUCAGUAUAUGCUUUCCAAUCACAGUAUUUCUUUUGUUUCUUUGUAACAUUGCACUUUACAAAAUCUAGUUCAUUUGAGUAUAAUAUAUGCAUUAAUGGUUAUAUAUUUAUGUUUGACAUGCUUUAAUCUUGUUUUUUUUAAUUUUCAUUCUUUUCUCUUUUUUUAACCCUUUGGUGGAAGGAUUCAGGCUUCGUGAAAAAAAUUGAGGUUGAUCUUAAUUUUGAGAUGAAAAUUUCCUGAAAUUUCACAGAGAAGUGAAAUGAAUCUCUUUUUUUUUUUAUCACAUCUGUGCCAGAGGCAGGCUCUGUGUCCUCAAACUCAUCCUCAUCUUCAGUCAGGGUACUUCACCGAUACCAAGCUGUCCGUUUGGACUUGAGCAAUACACAGAAAUAGUCGCAUACAUGCUCAUUGUUCUUCAAACGUCUACUGGUCCUGUGGAUUUUUGUUUGUUUUUCUUAGUAGUACUAAAACUCAACUCUGUUGAGAGUGGACAUAUCUUCACCUUCCUCCAGCUCAUUGAAGUCAAGGAAAAGACACUUAAAAGCCCCCCGCAAACAAUUCCUCUCUAUGUGAUCCUGCUGUCGUCUCAUCACUCUUGCAGAAAACAAAGCUAGUUAACCACAGGUGACCUUUGUCUCAAACUGAACAGAUCAGUUGUUGUUGUUGUUGACCAGGUGCUGAGCAUAAUGUGACGAAGAGCGCUAAACUAAAGUUGUAGAAAACAGGAAUGCUUAGAAAUGCAAUGAUGCUGCUGUGUGCUGUUGACUUGAUGAUCAACAUGUCUGCUUGCUUUGACUCCGCUGUAGAUCUCUACAGUUGGAAUUUUUUUUGUAUUCCCUUUUUAAUAAACUCUCCAAAACAA